GAAUUCUUAGCAGAGGGCUGCGAGAAUCAUUUUGUGAUGACAUGCUUAGGCAGGUAUCAUUCAAAUGGAGGAAACGUUGUGUAUGUAAAGGCCCAUACUUGUCCAACGCCACACUGUAUUAAACAACAACAACUCUCAAGAUUCUUGCUUUUCUCCUCGUUCUCCCAGUACAACUUCCAAGAGGAUUCCUUCUCCUCUUUUGGGUGAGAGACAUCAUCUGAUGAGAGCUCGCGGACCAAUUUUUUUUUCAUCCUUUGCCACUAGCCCAAUCCACUUGUCAUGGAUUUGACGUCGGUUUUGUCGGGACCAGCACAUUAUUUAUCGUUUUUGAUAUUGGUUCUCCGGAUCUCAUCGUGGGGAAGUGUUGAUGAGGGCAUAGCCCUUAGUCCAAUAUCACCAGAAAGUGGGGGUGUUGCUAUCAAUAAUGAUUCUCCCGUUCCGGCAAUUGUUGAUGCGUCCAACGAUGGCGAAAUCCUUGUGAUUGGACUUCCACCAUGGAGAAUCGGUUCGACUUCCGAACCGACCGGUAACUCAACUAGCAGGCAAGGACACUGGCACGUGUGUAGCCAGUGAUGGCUUGAACCGGCUCCUCGAGCCCCAAUCGGCACAGAGCAGAGCAG